AUGAAUGUAAAAAGUGUCAAAGAUGAUGAGGUUGAUACCUUUUGGAAAAACCAGCUAGCCGAAAUUUCAAAUAUGAGUGUAGAAGAUUUAAGAACCCAUAAUUUACCCAUUUCUAGAAUUAAAAAAAUUAUGAAAGAAGAUGAUGAAAUAAAAAGUAAUCAGAUGGUGUCAGCAGACACCCCUGUUCUAUUGGCUAAAGCUUGCGAGCUCUUCAUUAUGGAGUUAACUAAUUAUGCGUGGAAGUAUACAGAAGAAAGCAAACGUAGAACACUGCAAAGACAGGACGUGAUUUCCGCUGCUUGCAAAAGAGAUAUGUUUGAUUUCUUGAUAGACUUGAUACCAAUAGAGGAUCGGAUAAAGUCCAUUAAUGUAAAUGUCAAGGGGAACUCCAAAAGAAACAACAACAACAACAACAACAGCAGUAGUAGCAGUGGUAAUGGUAGUCGUGAUGGUAGUCAGGGUGGCGGCAACCAUGGUGGUGGAAACUUCGGAAGUGGUAACCACGGAGGCGGUAACCACAGAGUCGACUUCGACACCGUGAAGCAGUACUACAAUCUGUAUUCGUCGGGUUACAAUGACAAGAGCUCCGUGAAUAUGCAAGCACUCAAUGAGGAGCUUGCUGAAAUGGCGGAACUCGCUGAGAAGGAAUUAAAUAUGGCGAAUGCCGUGACUACCGCUAACCUAGCAACAGAAAACGAGACAAGCACCAACAUUGCAAACCUGCGGGAUGCGGCGCUCGAAUUUACAGCCAAUUUAAAUGCCCUAUACAAAAGCAACGACCUAGAUAACGCUUCUUCCCCGCCAACAAACCACGCGCUCAACAUUGCAAACAACCUGUUUCUCAAUUUUAAUCAAAAUAGCCAUUUGACAGAGGAUCACUCCAGCUCCAACAGCAACCAAGGAGGGUACAUGUACAACACGAAUGGCUGCGACGAGACGCAUCGUAACAGUCUCAGUAGCAGUGGAAACCAGUACACACAGGUAAGCGCAAUAACCAAGUACAACAGUAGAGGCAGUUGUAGUAGUAACAACCAAGGUUCAGCAAAUGAACAUUUCGGUAACAAUACCAUUAAUACAAAUCAUCUAAAUUUCAAAUGCUAUUCAUCCGUUAAGGAUAAUAUAGCCAGUAGACAGUGCAAAGAAGAGUAUGUAAAGAAUAUCCUGAACGAAUCAGGCAAUCUCCAACACGAAAUGCACACAAAUAUACCCACAAGUAGAACAAUAAACAUUCCUAAUACUCUGCAGAACAAUGACCAUGGAAAAGGGCAGAUCCCAUCCUACCAGAAAUUGCAAGAACUCAAAAAUAAAUUCGGCUAUGCUAUGCAGACAGUAAAUGUUCCUAAUGUGUCCCAUGUCUCCAACAUUUCUAACGUGUCAAAUUUUUCAAUUUUGUCAAACGUUUCUAAUUUGUCUAACUUGUCUAACCUAUCGAAUGAUAUUGGCUAUACUGAUGACAAUGAGUACAAUGACAAUAUCCUUUUGAACCCUAAUAUGAAUCUGAGUCCGUUAUCAUCUCCUUACAAUGGAAUGACGUCCACACACCAUGCGCUGGCUCAGUACAAUUUGGUUAACAACGACGACAUGAGGAAGACAAAUGUCGGUGCACAUAAUCAGGGCAUGCAGGUGCAGGUCCAACAAGCGAGGGAUGUAAACGUGUCAAAUAUGAACGCGCGAGAUGUGCAGCUACAGGAUGCAUACCUCAACGGAGUGAGCACCAACAACCAACGAACCCAAUCGGGCAAGAGCGAGGACAUAUCAAGUGAUGACAUGAACCCUCACCAAAGGUACGUCUAUAAUUACAACCACCCGGCAUGUAACAACAUGAGUCCAAACGCAGUCAGCAACCAUAUUCUCAAUGGUAACCUCAUGAAGAACAUACAAAACGUAUGUUCAAACGACUCAACCGUUCCAAGGAACAACACCCCCCUUUCCUGCCCUUCAUCCCUGAAUCACAGAAAUUCUCAAAACGGGGAACUGCCCAAAAUGAUGGCAACACAAAUGGUAACCAACAACCAAAUUAACAAUUUCGACAAAAAUAGAAACUCAAAAAAUAAUCCCACCAAACAAGGAAAUAUACUUUUAAACGAUUGUAACAACGUUCCAACCAACCGAACAAAUGACAUGAUGAAUUUAAACAGCAUUCCCACCAAAUCAAAUGUAGAGAUAAAUAAAGACAUGAUAAAUAAUUAUUUCAAAUUGAAUAAUAAUGGCAUUACUGCCACCAGUACCACUACAUCUACCGCCGCCACCACGACGGCCACCAAUAUGAGCGCUAUUCAGAAUCGGAAAAAUCAUGCGAAUCAUAGCGCACAUAAAGUAAGCAGCGCAAUUGUUGGUGAUAACCAAAUAUCUGAUGGUCUGCUACACGAAGGGUUACUCACUGAGGGAUUGCUUAGUGAGGGGCUUCUCAGCGACGGGUUACUCAGCGAUGGGUUAUUGAGCGAGGGGAUCAUGAACGAUGGGCAGCUGAAUGAAGAGCUGCUUAACGACGGGAUUGUCAACGAAGAGAUGACCAACGAAGAAUACAUCAGCGAAGAUAUGAUCAGCGACGGGCUUAUCAAUAGCGGCAACAUGAGCAACAGCGUGAACAACAGCAUGAGCAACAACAUGAGCAACAACAUGAGCAACAGCAUGAGCAACAGCAUGAGCAACAGCAUGAGCAACAGCAUGAGCAAUAGCGUGAACAACAGCAUGAGCAACAGCAUGAGCAACAGCAUGAGCAACAGCAUGAGCAACAGCUCCCAGUUCGAUAGCCAAAUAAUGGACACCCAGAGGAUCAGGAACCACCUCGCCAAAAACCUCAUCCCCCUAGGUAUCCUUCCUCAAAAUCUCAUCGCCCAAAAUCUGAUCCCACAAAAUCUCAUCGCCCAAAAUCUCCUCCCCGAAAGCCUCAUCGCCCAAAACCUCCUCCCCAAAAUGCAUCUCCCCAGAAGUAAUUUAACCAAAAGUCAACUCCCCCAACACCGACUUCCGAACAACCAACUAAUUAACCAACAGAGUAGCUCUCGAAACAGCUACGUAAGUGACCACCUAAAUAGCCAAAUUAGCGAUCAAAUGAGCGAUCAUAUGAGUGACCUUGUGGCCGAGCGUUUGACUGACCGCAUGACCAGUCGAAUGGCCGACCAAUUCAGUGGCCAGGUGAAUAUCCAACCAAGCAGCAACGUGAGUACAGCCAUGAACAAGCAGAUAAACACUAGAAGGACCGAAAACACACUAAACGAAAUUUUAAAUAACGCAGAAAGUACAGUAACAAAAAAUACCCCUGUAAAUAUGAUUAACCAAAAUAUAGACAACAGCGUCGCACAUAAUCAUUUAAAUAACAUCAUGGCAAAAAUGAACCCCACUGUUCAACAAAACGUAAAGCUAAAUGUAAACUCCACAAUGUAUGUGAACCCUAAUGCACAGGGAGUUCCUUACAAAUUCACUCACCAAUACUCUGCGCAAGAAAAUAAUUAUACUUGUAAUUAUAACCCGCAGCAAUAUCACAGCAACAAUGUGAAGGAAAAAACCCACACCUUUCUCUAA